GGUCUCCAUCUCACUACCCUGGAGCAUCGUCCUGAGGGUAAGGAAAGGGGGGCUCCACAAUGGCUGAGGAGAAGAAGCUGAAGCUCAGCAAUACUGUGCUGCCCUCCGAGUCGAUGAAGGUGGUGGCCGAAUCCAUGGGCAUCGCUCAGAUUCAGGAGGAGACCUGCCAGCUGCUCACCGAUGAAGUCAGCUACCGCAUCAAGGAAAUUGCACAGGAUGCCUUAAAGUUCAUGCACAUGGGGAAACGGCAGAAGCUCACCACCAGUGACAUUGACUACGCACUGAAACUAAAGAACGUCGAGCCACUCUAUGGCUUCCACGCCCAAGAGUUCAUUCCUUUUCGCUUCGCCUCUGGUGGAGGCCGAGAGCUCUACUUCUACGAGGAGAAGGAGGUUGAUCUGAGUGACAUCAUCAAUACCCCUCUGCCACGGGUGCCCCUGGAUGUCUGCCUCAAAGCUCAUUGGUUAAGCAUUGAAGGCUGCCAGCCAGCUAUACCGGAGAAUCCACCUCCAGCUCCCAAAGAGCAGCAGAAGGCUGAGGCGACAGAACCCCUGAAGUCAGCAAAGCCAGGCCAAGAAGAAGACGGGCCUUUGAAGGGCAAAGGUCAGGGGGCUGCUACGGCUGACAGCAAAGGGAAAGAGAAGAAGGCACCACCCUUGCUAGAAGGAGCCCCUUUGCGGCUGAAGCCCCGGAGCAUCCACGAGUUGUCUGUUGAACAGCAGCUCUACUACAAGGAGAUCACCGAAGCCUGUGUGGGGUCGUGUGAAGCCAAGAGAGCUGAAGCUCUGCAGAGCAUCGCGACAGACCCAGGACUGUAUCAGAUGCUGCCACGAUUCAGUACCUUCAUCUCAGAGGGGGUCCGUGUGAAUGUGGUCCAGAACAACCUGGCCUUGCUCAUUUAUCUGAUGCGUAUGGUGAAGGCGCUGAUGGAUAACCCAACGCUGUAUCUGGAAAAAUACGUACAUGAGCUGAUCCCAGCUGUGGUAACCUGCAUCGUGAGCAGACAGCUGUGCCUACGACCGGAUGUGGACAAUCACUGGGCCCUCCGGGACUUUGCUGCCCGCCUGGUGGCCCAGAUCUGCAAACAUUUCAGCACCACCACCAACAACAUCCAGUCUCGGAUCACCAAGACCUUCACCAAGAGCUGGGUGGAUGAGAAGACUCCGUGGACAACUCGUUAUGGCUCCAUUGCAGGCCUCGCAGAGCUGGGACAUGAUGUCAUCAAGACUCUUAUUCUGCCACGGCUCCAACAGGAGGGGGAGCGGAUCCGCAGUGUCCUGGACGGCCCUGUGCUGAGCAAUAUCGAUCGCAUCGGAGCUGACCACGUGCAGACCCUUCUCCUGAAACACUGUGCCCCAGUGCUGGCUAAGCUGCGCCCACCACCUGACAAUCAGGAUGCCUAUCGAGCAGAAUUUGGCUCCCUGGGUCCCCUCCUUUGCUCCCAUGUGGUCAAGGCUCGGGCCCAGGCCGCUUUGCAGGCUCAGCAGGUCAACAGGACUACCCUGACUAUCACUCAGCCCCGGCCCACGCUGACACUCUCCCAGGCUCCUCAGCCGGGCCCUCGGACUUCUAGCUUGAUAAAGAUGCCUGGUUCGAUUGCAUUGCCUGUCCAGACGCUGGUAUCUGCUCGAGCUGCUGCCCCUCCUCAGCCUUCUCCUCCACCCACCAAGUUUAUUGUAAUGUCCUCGUCCUCUAGUGCCUCAACUACCCAACAGGUCCUGUCUCUCAGCACGUCAGCUCCUGGCUCGGGCUCUACUACUACCUCCCCUGUCACCACCACUGUCCCCAGCGUGCAGCCCAUUGUCAAGCUGGUCUCCACAGCCACAACCACACCCCCCAGCACUGCUCCCUCUGGGCCUGGCAGUGUCCAGAAGUACAUUGUGGUUUCUCUUCCCUCAGCAGGGGAGGGCAAGGGAGGCCCCACCUCCCACCCUUCUCCAGUGCCUCCUGCCUCAUCAUCCCCCUCCCCUCUUGGGGGUAGUACCCUCUGUGGGGUAAAGCAGGAAGCUGGAGACAGUCCCCCUCCAGCCCCAGGGACUCCAAAAGCUAAUGGCUCCCAGCCGCCUGGAUCUGGCUCCCCUCAGCCUGCUCCUUGAUCCUGUCUCUCACACACCUGCUGACCAUCUUCUACACACACACACACAGAGUGGAAGAAAAGUAGUAGUUUACUUCCACUUAAUUUUAAUUGUACAGUUAGUUCUUCAGAAUAAAAGUUUGAUUUUUAAGUUCUGA